CUCCAUCCCAAGCAGCACGGUACGCCGCAGCAGCCUCGAUCCACGCGCCUCUGGCUUAUUGGUUAUACUAGCCUUGUAAACCUCUUGUUCCUCUGAUGCGGAUCCCGACAAUGGCUGAGCGAGAGGAAGAAAACAAAAGCACAACCUCCAACAAGCGGCCUCAUUCCCAGCUGGAGGACGCUCGAAUGAAUGAUGAAUCCUCGUCAUCAGAAGACGAUUUUGGCCCUGCUUUACCUUCCGCCAUACCCAAAAAGAAGCGACGAAAGCUACCCUACGAAAAGGUCUAUGUAAAUGCUCUCCCAGUUUCAGCCCGAUAUUCAAAAUCCUUAAUGCACAAGGACCAACUCUCCUUCGUUACCUUAACUCCUCAUACCGACUUCCUUAUUACGAGCUCUAUUGAUGGGGUGGUUAAAUUUUGGAAGAAAAUGCCUGUUGGUGUAGAGUUUGUGAAGGAAUUCCGAGCCCAUAUUGGAGAGUUGAAGGGGGCGAGUGUGAGCCUAGAUGGGAGGAGCUUCGCAACAGUUGGAGUAGAUAAAACGGUUAAAAUAUUCGAUGUGAUUACGUUCGAUCUCCUGGCUGUAAUAACAUUGGAUUAUGUCCCGAGGUGUGUAUGUUGGGUACAUAAACGAGGCGCAUCGUUGCCUCUGUUGGCUGUGAGCUGCGAUUCUAGUAGCGGCAUUAUGAUUUACGACGGACGAGGAGAAAACCCUCAGCCCAUCCACACGUUAACAUCAAUCCAUCGGUUCCCGGUUGUCGCCAUGGCCUUUAAUGAUGCAUAUGACUGUGUGAUUUCUGCAGAUGAAACCGGCAUGGUCGAAUACUGGCGACCACACACUUCAUACGAAAAGCCAGACAAUGUGUUUGAACUGAAAUCUUCCACCAAUCUCUUCGUUUUCAAAAAAUCCAAGUCGGUUCCAUCUUCCAUUACGAUAUCCCCAUCAGGUCACCAAUUCGCGACUUUCUCCUUUCCUGACAGGCAGGUCAGAGUAUUUGACUUCCCAACUGGCAAAUUAUACCGCUCCUAUGAUGAAUCUAUUACGACACUCACCGAAAUGCAGCAGGCUGGAACGGCACUCUAUAAGCUCGAGGAAAUCGAGUUUGGGCGGCGGAUAGCAAUUGAGAAGGGACUUGAGAACCCCGCUACUGCGCCGAAGAUUAAUGUGAUCUUUGACGAGUCGGGCCACUUUGUGAUGUACGGCUCUAUUAUGGGGAUAAAAUGCAUCAACACAUUCACAAAUCGCGUUGUGAGAGUCUUUGGUAAAGAUGAACCAUUUCGUGCUCUCAACCUUGCUAUCUAUCAAGGGCAACCGCAGAAAAAAGGGGUGGUAACAGUUUCGAUGGCCGCCAGUGCAAAUCCUUUACUCCAAGAAGCGGAAGAACGGGAUCCUAUGCUCGCCAGUACCGGCUUUGCUAAGGUCCGUUUCUAUCUCUUCACAAAUGAAACGGAAGUUUCCAAGUCCAGUCGAGAUGUACAAAAUGAGAAGCCCGUUGGGACGCGUGAAGAUACUGCCGCUACCGCAGCCAAACCAGCAGAAACAGGCACAGCUGCAGUGCUUCAUACCACUCUAGGCGAUAUCCACCUUAGGCUUUUCCCUUCCGCAGCUCCCAAAACCGUGGAGAACUUCGUCACCCACGCACGCAAUGGUUACUACAACAAUACUAUAUUCCACCGGGUGAUUCGCAAAUUCAUGAUCCAAGCUGGUGACCCGCUUGGCGACGGUACAGGGGGUGAGUCGAUUUGGGGCGGCGAGUUUGAAGACGAGUUCUCGACACUUCGUCACGACAAGCCGUACACGCUCUCGAUGGCGAAUGCCGGCCCGAAUACAAAUGGAAGUCAAUUUUUUAUCACAACCGAGAAGACACCAUGGCUCGAUGGGAAACAUACGAUAUUUGGGCGGGCGGUUAAGGGGCUUGACGUGGUACAUAAGAUUGAAAACGUCAAGACGUACAAAGAAAAACCAGAGGAGGAGGUGAAGAUAGUCAGCAUAACCAUUACAUAAAAAUUCUUCAGUAAUAAAUAGUUCUGCGAACUCUGAUCUUGCAAUGCAGCCUUCUGCACGAGCAAGCUCUCUCUCUCCUCUUGAAUGCUCAAUCUGACCAAUAGAAACGGGAUUCGCGGAUAUUAGAUAUUCAGGUGUUCUAGAUAUACCUAGGCAUAACUAUGCGGGAUAUGUAUGUAUUCCAUGCCUGCAUGCGUGUCUCCAAACACCCAAUUGUUUGCGUGGGGGGGAGGUAAUAAAAAGGGUUGAUGUGGCGGCCAUAAUUGUCAAGCAAUGAGCACGGCCAAACCAACCAAUUAAGCUAUGAUAAACUCCGGAUUGGAGCGGACAAAAUUGUUAAAGACAGGUUAUUCCAACAGUAAUCAUAUCGACGUGGGACUCCUUUUGAUAAACUCAUUUCGAUGCCCGCGCGAUUAACUCUCCAUCUGAGAAGAAAAAAGUUCGCCGGUUUCACCUAUCUUCUUGUUGUGAGUUGAUCUUCGCAACAUCAGGCUGUCUGUCCCCUGGACCCAACUAUGCGUUAAAAACCCAUGUCUUUCUUUUCAACUUGAGGCUUAUGUAGCAGGCACUGCAAUGUCAUAGCUGUUCCUUUGAAGGAGAUUGUCCUCGCAUAUUCCUACUCCUCGGAUGUGCACGGGUGAAUUGCCCAGGCUCUAUCCCUCUAUGUGUUCCGGCGGAAGAGACAUCGUUUUCAAGACCCUUGGUGGGUGGAUGUGCAAGAUGUUGCUGUGGACCCCAUGUAUCGUCUCCCAGAGCUGCUGCGACUAAGUUUCUGGAGGUUGGUUGACGGCCGCUAUAGUUGCUCCGGCCGCCAUCUCCAUCAGCCACAGCGGAUUGGGCUGGAGUGAAAGGCGCUUGGUAAGCCCGCUUACGCUUAUGACGACGUUUUAAAUAAACCAAGAGGAGAGUAAGAGCGGUAAAUCCGAUGGCUAAUACAAUUAUCAUUACUACCCACCGCCAGUGGGUGGAGAACCUAUCGGAGUUUAGUGGACGAGAUUUAUAUUGUUCGACACCUUUCUAUUGUUGUUGGACGCAUCUUUGACAAAAGUGAAAGAAAGGUCGAGGAAUGGGAAACGAGAAUGCGAACAAUCGACAUACCAACUUGGCGGGGCUUCAUAAUGCACUUUUGAAGAUGUUUCGGUCCCAGGAUCCGGUCCCGCAUUGGACGACGUCGUGGUGGAUGUGGCGAGUGUUGUGGUUGUUUGGGUCACUUCGGGGUUGCCUGUUGCACAGAGUCCUGCAUACCACUGUUGCAGUGUAUUUAGCUCCGCCGGCGGACAUACGGCGUCGCAGACUCCAUUGGGAGAGCUAUGGAGGGCCUGUAGGAGGCUGGAUUGGCAAAAGCACGACCUAUAGGUGGCUUGAUCUGUUACCGGCGCUGCUGGAGGGACGCAGUUCGCCUGUGCCUCCUGGAGCAGCGGACACCCAACAGCGCACUCAGGAAAUGUCGCCGAGCCGGUAGUUGGUACAAGAGAUUGACAUACAACCGACGUAAAAACGACAGCGGAGAGAAAGAGGAACCUGGUCAUAACGGGCGUGUUUCGAUGCCAUAAAAUAAUACACAUGGAUAAUAGUAGGAGGGAAAUAAGUCGGCUUCCCUCAUUAUAGGGCUUCCGUGAUCUUCUGAGAACUGUUAGGGUGGCCGUUUCCGCGCAUUACCGGUGUAGUUCCCGUGGAGGAAGCUAGGUUCGAGGCACACACAUUCCUGAGUGAAGAGGCAUGGUCAUGGUUAGAGGCGAGCACAUUGAGCUGAUGGACAAUAUCCGGGUUCGGGAGAGAUGACGAUGUUUUUUGUUCGAUAACCACUGG